AUGGACAAUGCAAGAAUGAGCUCCUUCCUGGAAUACCCCAUCCUCAGCGGUGGCGACUCGGGGACCUGCUCAGCGCGAGCCUACCCCUCCGACCACGGAAUUACAACUUUCCAGUCGUGCGCGGUCAGUGCCAACAGCUGUGGCAGCGACGACCGCUUCCUAGUGGGCAGGGGGGUGCAGAUCAGCCCGCCCCACCACCACCACCACCAUCACCACCCCCAGCCGACAACCUAUCAGACUUCUGGGAACCUGGGAGUGUCCUACUCCCACUCGAGUUGUGGUCCAAGCUACGGCGCGCAGAACUUCGGCGCGCCUUACAGCCCCUACACGUUAAAUCAGGAAGCAGAAGUAAGUGGUGGGUACCCCUCGUGCGCUCCCGCUGUUUACUCUGGAAACCUCUCAUCUCCCAUGGUCCAGCAUCAGCACCACCACCAGGGUUAUGCCGGGGGCGCGGUGGGCUCGCCUCAGUACAUUCACCACUCAUAUGGACAAGAGCACCAGAGCCUGGCCCUGGCCACGUAUAAUAACUCCUUGUCCCCUCUCCACGCCAGCCACCAAGAAGCCUGUCGCUCCCCUGCAUCAGAGACCUCUUCUCCAGCACAGACCUUUGACUGGAUGAAAGUCAAAAGAAACCCUCCCAAAACAGGGAAAAUUGGAGAGUAUGGCUACAUGGGUCAGCCCAAUGCGGUGCGCACCAACUUCACCACUAAGCAGCUCACGGAGCUGGAGAAGGAGUUUCACUUUAACAAGUACCUGACACGCGCCCGCAGGGUGGAAAUUGCCGCGUCCCUGCAGCUCAAUGAGACCCAGGUGAAGAUCUGGUUCCAGAACCGCCGAAUGAAGCAGAAGAAACGAGAGAAGGAGGGUCUCUUGCCCAUCUCUCCAGCCACUCCGACGGGAAGCGAGGAGAAGGCUGAGGAAUCCUCAGAGAAGUCCAGCUCCUCGCCCUGCGUUCCUUCCCCGGGUUCUUCUACCUCAGACACUCUACCUACCUCCCACUGA